AGCGUAUAGUCUUCAUAUCCAUUUUCUCGACCCGCUCCACACAUUUGCAGCUGUGUUAACGCUAAUGACCAGAGGUCUCCCGGAGAGGAGGGGGAGGAGGAAGAAGGAAGAGGAUGGUUUGGAGGAUGAAAGAGGAGCGGGGGUCCAGAACCACAACAGAACACCCAGCAACGAUGCCCCGUCAGUGCGGCGGAGGCGGCGGAAGCAGCGGCACCCUUUUCUCGGCGUGCCUCCUCUCUGUGUGUCAAGCCCUGCGGAGCUGCGGGGAGGUCCAGUGCGCCGAUGGCCAACAGUGCUGCCCGCCCGUCGUCGCCGGGAAUGGGAGCGGCAGCAGCGGCGGAGGCGGCGGUGGUGGAGGAGGCUCGACGGUACGCUGCUGCAAGCUCCCAAUCCACAUCUUUUUCGACAACGUGGGGUGGUUCACGCGGAAGUUGUCGGGCAUCCUUAUCCUGUUGCUGCUCUUCGCCAUGGGUUACUUCAUCCAGCGGAUCGUGUGCCCCCGACCGCGCCGCCACCCGCACCAGGACCGCGGGGAGGAGCCCUCGCUCUUCCACGGCCAUGCGUCCGCCUCCCAGGACUCCCUGCUGGACCGUUACCCCGAGUGCAACCCGGUGGACUUCGCCUCGCCCAACCUACCAGCCUACGACGAGGUCAAAUAUUUGCCCACGUACGAGGAGAGCAUGCAGGAGAUGCACCGGGACCGCUCCGAUGACAACUUGCUGGCCGAAAACGAGACGAGUGGUCCGGGCAGAGGCAGGGGGGCCGGGCCGGGGGCUGGAGAGCACAGACUGGAUGUUCUGGAAAGGUCGGGAGGGCAGCAGCCCAGUCCAAGGACAUCUCGGAACUCUGUCUGAUGGAAACCACGUGCAUUUUAAGACAAAAUCCUAUUAUUUUACUUUUACUCUCAAGUGCAAUUUUAACACCGAAUGUUGACUUAUAAUAAAUGAGACUACAAGAAGUACAAUUGCUUUUUGUAUGCAAAUAAGCACUCAGGCGAUAUGUAAAUGAGGUGAUAAAAAUGUUCUUCGUGUUGACAGCUAUAGUUUAAAUCAGGGGUGUUGAACUUAUUUUAGUUAAGGGGCCACAUUCGCCUGAAUUUUCGAUUUCAAGUGUGCAGGGCCAGUAUAUUCGUCUAUUAAGAUAUAUGAAGGCUAUUCAAAAAUGUCUCAUUGUUUAUGUGCAAAUAAUAUUUUUCGAAAAAUAUUCACAUUUAUGGAUUAUUAUCCCGUUGCAAAUCAUAUGAGCAAUCUGAAAUUUAUUCGAAAAAACUAUUUCAACAGUAUUAUGAAUCUUUGUUUUCAUUUUCUCCAUGUGCAACUUAAUUGAAUUUUUAAUUCAAAUUUUUAUUUCAAACAUUUGAAAAGGUAACAGAAAACAACAAAACAACAAGAUUUAAACAAAGAUAAAAAAAAUUAACUUAUACAUAUUUGAAAAUGAGUAGGAAGAAGUAAAACUUAAUUCCUACCGCUCUCUACUCCCUUAUAAUCAAUCCUACAGAACAUCAAUUUCGUACUAUAAUAAUAUAACAACAAUAAUACAGGUCAAAGUGGCUCUAUACAUGU